UUUCUUUUUUCCAACUAAACAACUUCUCGGGGCAAUGCCUUUUUUCAUACAGGUGAUAACUUACUCUAAUUUUCUUCAGUGUAAAGCCAUGUCUCCCUUCGUAGUUAUCUUAAUAUUUAGUGUAUCUUUAUGCGCUGGAAGGACUUUGGACGAACAACUUGCGUUAUUAACAAGAGAUAAACGUUAUAUUACUUAUACGUACAACAGUGCUAUUGGUAUGUUCCUUGCGUUUGCCAUCCCUGUCGUUUCUGAAUUUGAGGAGAUUCCAGACAGGGAUGUCCUUUUUUCAUACAACUUCGAGGCCAAUUACAAUCUACCGACUAACAUCUCCUACUACGAUUUGACGCCUCCAGAAAGGAGCUUUUUCAAUUUUAACCGAAGCACCGUGUACGGACUUUUUGAGAGGCGUUUGAACAAUUUGAACGUCAACGGGAGACAAUGCCUUCUGCGACUCAUAUGUGAUAUGGCACGAACUCCUAUCUCUCACAAUGGCCUCAUAGGAAGACUCCUACACAUAUUAUUUAUGCCGUCAACCUCGGAGAGUGAAUACUUAGUUGAAGAAGAACAAGCUGAACAAGACGGUAUAAAUGACUUCGACUGUUCGCUUAAAUAUUUUAAAUGUCCUCAUAGCAUUAUCGAUACAAUAUCUUAUCUAGCUUAGCUUUUUUAUUGAUUUAAU